AUGUUUUCGCUUCCACAAGAUCCUCCUGAUGUACUGGUCAAGUUGUUGCAAUUUGGUCCUUUGGUAGCCGUUUCUGCUAUAGAUACCACCGAAGAUUGGCUUCUCGGCCUAAGACUUGGCCUCCCUGUUAAUGGCAUUGGAGUAGGACCCAUACGGGUCCUUACUGCUGUGUGGAACGAUAAAAAGGUUUCUGUACCAGAAUGCCUGGCUGUUGGUCUCAUGUGGAGCCACUUAUGCAAGAUUCGUAUUCCAAUGGUGGCAAACUGGAUAAAUGAUAGAGUAAAUGAAGGUGUACGUGAAAUUUUUCAAAGCAAAACUCGUGAAACGCUAAUACUUUGGUACGAAAUUACGUCGGUUCCCGGUAUCCAUAAGGACUGCAAAAUAACCAAGAAAGCGAUUGUUCAGCUGUUAUGGGUAUUUUUGGUAGUCGUAACAUCCAUUCUACUACAAGCUUAUGGUGCCAUAGCACUCUCGCUCUUGUUAGUUAUACAAAUGCUUGCUGUAAUGAAUGGAAUGGCUGGAACUAGCGAGGUUCCUUAUCUUAAAAAUCGUAAGAAGCAAGAUAAAAGGUUCUUCAUUGCGGCACCUCAUUUUUCUUCCGACAGUUUGGUGCUGUUCCAAGGCAACAACGGAAUUUUAGAAUCAACACUUAAUGGAGCUAUACAGUAUAAAAGUUCGAGUUUAACCGGAAAAUCUAUUGCUUGCAUACUGGUUGCAGCGCAAGCAAUUGCUGUACUUUAUGCAACUGGAGAGAGCGGUUGGGAUGCCGUACUUACCACCUGCCUCCUAUUUGGAUUAUGGUUACUGAGUCAAUGGGGCAAAAACAGCUCUGAACUUUGGCGAGAUGAAAACUGGAGGCAGCGCUUGAUUCGAAAAGUCAAGUUUCCUACAAGAAAAUCUGCUUGGUUUUUUUGCGCUCUUCAAACAGAAAAUUUUAGUGAGGAAAAGUGGUUCCGGCAUGUAUUGCCUCUAUCCUCCAAUAUUUGUUUGUUACUGAAAUUAUUCACAGCAGUGAGGAAGUACAAGCCAAAAACAAUGGCUGAAUUUAAGGAAAUUUAUUUGAAGGAGGGUAUAGAUCGAAAAACUCUAGUAGAUUUGGAAGAAGACAUCCUUGCCGCAUACCAAAUUCAUAUAGAUUUAGCAAACAGUGAAAAAGGGAACGAUAAAGCACACGUAACAAUCACCAUGUCAUAA